AUGUCGCUGACCAACGCAAAGACGGGUUUCUCGGUGAAGGACAUCCUCGACCUCCCUGACACUAACGAUGAGGAGGGCUCGGCGGCCGAGGCGACCGAGGAGGAUGGGGAAGCUACCGAGGCGGCCAAAACUUCGGAGUUUACCAGGCAAAGUCCACUGGAAACUGUGCAGAGGCUUCCUUUGAAGAACCCCUUUUACGACGGCGCCGAUAAUCCGUAUACUCGCUGGCUGGCGACAACUGAGAGCAUCCAGUAUUCCUUGCACGGGAUUUCGACCGGCGGCUCGCAACAGCAGAACUCCUGCAGCAGGUCCUCGGAGCCCUCCGCCGACGAAUCGCAGGACAACGCCACCGAGACCUCGAGCAACGGCAGCGAGUCGGGGAAAAAGCGCAAGCGGCGGGUCCUCUUCUCCAAAGCCCAGACUUACGAACUGGAGAGACGCUUCCGGCAGCAGAGGUACCUGUCGGCGCCCGAGAGGGAGCACCUCGCCAGCCUCAUCCGCCUGACACCCACCCAGGUUAAGAUCUGGUUCCAGAACCACAGAUACAAGAUGAAGAGGGCGAGGGCUGAGAAAGGUAUGGACGUGAAUCCCCUUCCUUCGCCCAGAAGGGUGGCCGUCCCCGUCCUAGUCAGAGACGGCAAACCCUGCCACGCCAGCAUGGUGACGAACGCUCUCAAAACGCAGGACCUGGCUGCGGCCACUUUCCAGACUAGCAUCGCCUUCCCAGCCUACACCACACAGUCGCUGCAACACGUGCAGUAUAACUCCCAUUUCAGCUCUGCCAGCAACCCCCAGUAUCACACACACCCGCUGGUGCAGAGUCAGCAAUGGGCUUGGUGA